AAUGUUUAUUCUAGGUGUAAAAAACGUAAUUUUGUUUGAAAUUGUCAUUUUGACCAGAAAAACUAUUUUUAUCAGAUAUCAGGAAUACAUACUCAGUAAAACUAAUACAUAUCAAAAUGGCUCUGCUUCCCUGGAUUCUUCCUCUGCUUUGGAUAAAGACUCGUCUGCCUCUUCAGGCGCCGUCCAGACAGAGACCCAGCGGACUGUGGAGGAAACAGACGGUUCUUUGGUCUGUGCUGAACAGCAGCUCCAGUUUGAGGAUCCUGAUGGAAAGAAACAGGAGGAAAGUUUGAAGCAGGAAAGAGAAGGAUCUGAAAUUAAAGGUUCAGAAGAUGUUGGCCCUGAAGAAGCUGAAAAAGACUCUUCAAACGAUGUUCACGACGGAACAGACGGUUCUUUGGUCUGUGCUGAACAGCAGCUCCAGUUUGAGGAUCCUGAUGAAGAGAAACAGGAGGAAGGUUUGAAGGAGGAGAGAGAAGGAUCUGAAGGCGCUGAGAUUAAAGCAGAGAGCAAACAGAGAAGGGAGCCGGCCGGACCUGAAGCAAAGAGAUCUAGAUCUGUCUCUCCAACUGUUGCUGAUAACUUCAGGCUGCCUCCAUUUGACCCCGAUCGUCCUCUUGGUCAGGAGUUCACUGUGCAGAAACUGGCACGUUUCUGUCAACUGUGCUCUGUUUUCUACCUGAAUGAGAACGAGGAUAAAGACCUGCACUGCUGCAGUGAGGCACACUACAACAAUCUGCAGAAAUAUUACCAGGAGCUUCAGCAGAACUCUACCAGAUCCUGUGAAGAAAACUCCCAUGAUUGGGUUUCUGAAUGAACUGGAUAAAAAACAUGAUUUAAAGUACUUGGUUAAAGACGUCCCUGGAUGAAAAACACUGCUUAGAGAGAUUAAGGAAACAGAUCCGCUGAUUAAACUCGUCAAUUUCAAUAUAUUUGUUUCUUCUUGGUUUCAUUCAUAAAAAGUUUCUAUCUGUAAAUGUUCUUGCUUGUUUUG